GCAAGAACCAAUCAAAAUCCGUGAAUAACUUGGGUUAUUACAUAACAUCUCAUAUCCAACGUGUGCUCAUGGAAUAAUUGUUAUUUAGCCUAAAUCACCAAACAUGGAAACAAACAACAGACGUCCAAACAAUAGCUAACAAUUAUUAACAAUAGUUGGUACCCUAUAUGUGGGCUAGCAUGAAUUUUUAGCCUCUAAUCAGUUUAAAAAGUGGCAUAUGCUUGUCCAAAAGGGACAAAAUUUCAAGAUUUGUACAUAUAUAUCAAGUUGUAAAUAUUGAUAUCAAGAUUGAUAUUAUGUGUACAUGUAUCAAGAUUUCAUAAUUAUACAUCAAGGUUUACAAAUAUAAAACUAAAUUGAUAAAUGAAAGUCAUGAUUUCUAAGUACAAGUCAAGAUUAACAAUUAUUAUAAAUCAAGAUUUAGACUAUGAGUACAAAAUUAAUUAAAAUUUACAAACACAAAUCAAGACUUAAAACACAACAAGAUUUGUUAAUACAAGUCAAGAUUUACAAAUACACAUCAAGAUCGACUCAUACAUGGGUGUCUGGAAAAGCUGGAAUCGGGAACCGGAUUUCUGGUUGAAAGCAGAACUAGGCCACGUGGUGUCAGAAUUAAUAUUCAAGAUAUUUAUGAAUGAUCUUGUAUACGCUGUCAAACAGAGUAGAUUUUCCGCGUAUGCUGACGAUACGCAGAUUGUUCUUCGACAGUAUGGCAGAGAAAGUGGAAGAGGUAAUAAAUUCGGAUCUUCCAAAUGUUGAUCAGUGGUACGAGCAAGAUGGAAUAAAGCGGAAUACCUGCAAAUACCAAGCAAUAGUAAUGGGAAAGUCACAGGUUAUGCCACAAUUCUACUGCGAAAACACUGCUAUUCCCAUUAAUAAAGAUCUCCAAAUGCUUGGUGUCACUUUUGAAGACAAAAUGAAAUUUGAGAGGCACAUACAUACAUACUUAAUUGACCGCUCCCCAUUGGGGCUUUUCAGGGCCAAUGAAACACAACGAAACAACAACUUUUAAGAAUCGCAACUGAGUCAGAGUCAUGGCAUUUCUGUAAUAAAAACACCACUGCAAAGCUGGAAAACGUUAACUAGCGUGCCCUCUGUUUUGUCUCUAAUGAAAAAGAAACGCCCUAUUGUGAACUACUCUACAAAAUAGGUUUACCAUCACUUGUGAAUCAACACCUCGCAGAAAUAGUCUGUACGGUCUUCAAAGCUACAUGUAUGUACAGUGAUCAUGCACCAAAGAGUAUCAAAGAACUGAUGGAACAUAGAAACCAUACCGGGUAAUUAGGACCUAAGAGGUAACAAUAUUUUAAAGCUGCCAAAGGCCAACACUACAACUAAGAUGUCUGAAACGGUUUCUUGCUCGUGAAAUUAGAUAACAAAUUACCUUAGCUGACCACCUUUAACAUGCCGUUCGGUUGGUACCGAUGGAACUGAAUUCCCUUUUUGAUUCAGUCAGCCCCAGAAGUAUUUCGGCAAAAGAGGCGUGAACUCAUUCAAGGGAUACUGCAUGUCAAAGUGGUAGCCGAUUUCUUAGUUGUUGUCGGUUGUGGAGACACACACAAGCAGGCAGUUCAAGACCAUGACAAGAACCUUAUGACAUUCCUCCAGCUACGUCAGGAUUACGGGCUCAAGUUCAAUGUGGAAAAGCUUAAGCUAAGGCAAACUGAAGUCUCCUUUAUUGGGCACAAUACCACCUCUGAAUGGCUGCAAGCAGACCAAGCCAAGGUGGAGGCCAUCUGUAACAUGCUGGCACCUACAGACAAGGCAGGAGUCCAAAGCCUUCUGAGUCUGUUACAAUACCUCAGCAAAGACUUUCCCAACCUGGCCAAUGUCACUAAGCUAAGGGAACUGACACAUAUCAAUGGCAAGACGCACAAGCCUUUGCACUUAACCGGUUAAAGGAAGCUGUGACGCAUACACCAGUUCGCCUUUAUUUCAACCAUAGUGACAAAGUAACUCUUUAAUGGUGCGCAUCACAGUCUGGUCUUGAGGCUGCGCUGUUACAGAAUGGGCAACCUGUGGCUUACGUGUCUAGAGUUCUCACAUACACAGAAACCUGGUAUGCACAAAUCAAGAAAAAGCCACUGGCCAUUGUCUUUGCAAGCAAAAGAUUUGACACAUACAUAUAUGGUAGAGAUGCAGUCACAGUCGAGACAGAUCACAAACCCCUGGAGGCAAUUGUUCGUAAAACCCUCAACACAGCACCACAACAACUUUAGCGAAUGCUGUUUCGUCUCCAAGGACACCCUUAGCAAGGUUUUCACACUGAAGUUGAUGUGACCCCAUAUGUACGGCAUGAGGAAAUAGACCACAAGUCUGCACUUUUAGUUAGUGAAGCUUGAUGAUGCCAGAUAGAACAGGCUUCAGCAGAUGACCCUGUUUUCCAGAAAUUGUGUAUGGUGAUACAGCAUGGUUGGCCUUCGAACAGAAAAGCUAUCCCUGAAUGCCUAUAUCCUUACUUCGAUAGAUGAGAUGAGCUCACGGUUGAAGACAAACUAGUGUUAAAGGGCAUCAACUGGUCGCAUCAGCCUCUCUUUGCAAGAAACCAACGCAUCCCACAUUGGUGUCGAAGCUUGCAUCCAAUGAACACUCGAUUGCAAUAUAUAUGUACAAAUCUUGAUAUUUUUUCUAAUUUGUGUCAUUCAGGAGCUAUCGUUAUCUUAAACAUAGUCCCAACAAUUGUGCCCCUACUCUUUUGGAGUCUUUCAAGGGCUCUCUAGGAUACUAAGAGACUGGGCCAACGAUUGGUCGGAUUCCCUCUCAAUUGUUUUUUAGACUACUUGUGUUUGCUUGGCUGGGAUUUCUAUUAUCUGUAGCCCCCAAACACUGUUUUCGUUUUCUCGCAUUAAUGGAUUUUCAUGCAAUCCUGCUUACUUGCACCCAUGAAUCGUUCAUGAAUAUAGUGGUAGUGAUUAUUUUAUUUUUGCAGAAAUCCCAUGCAGUCCUGGAAUUUGUGGUUGGACCAACACGAAAAGAGGGUCAUUGUAGUACUACAAAUAUAGCUUCAAAGGCAAGAUCCAGCACCCAACCAAGCCGGACUCUGAUGCCUCAUUUGUAAAGGGCAAUUUAAGUUUUAAGUUGCAACUCUGCAAAGAGAAAGACAGCAAACACUUU